AUGGGAAUGAGUCGUCAUCCUACAAGCGCAUAUCCUUGCUCGGCUGAUUGCAUAUCAAUCCUAGAGAUGAUUCGAAAUAAUAACAUGACGAUUGUCACGGGGCAAAAUUCCGUUGGUGGCACAGCCGCAGCCACAGCACAGCUGGUCCUGCCAUUUGAGACGUGGCUGGCCGUCAACCCGAAGCACCUCUACAACGAGAUUCCAUGA